AAUCGAAAUAGCGAGAAGACCCUGGGGAUGAGACUGCCGUCUGGGUUCACAUAAAACUAUUCUUACCAUAACAUGUGGCUGAUCACUGAAAUUUUCGUCGUUCUGUUUAAGAUUUUAGGGACGAUUUUGGAGAGUAUUUUUCGAAAGAUUGUUCCUCCUAAAAAGAAGGAUAUUUCAGGACAAACGGUACUUAUUACAGGGGCUGGAGGAGGACUGGGGAUUCAACUAGCUAUAGCCUUUAUUAAACAAGGUGCUGCAAAGCUCAUUCUCUGGGAUAUCAAUGAAGAGGCAAAUGAAAGAACAGCAUCACAAGUGAGAGCACUCGGGAAGGAAGCUGUCACAUAUACUUGUGACUGUUGUCAAAGAGAAGAAGUCUAUAGGGUGGCAGAGUUAGUGAAGCAAGAGCAUGGAUUUGUUGACAUCCUUGUCAAUAAUGCAGGAAUAUUGAGUGGAAAGAGACUUUUGAGCCUGACUGAUGAGCAGAUUCAAAAGACAAUAGAGUUGAAUGUCCUUGCAAACUUUUGGACGACUCGAUCGUUCAUUCCUCAAAUGAUGGAGCGUAACCAUGGUAACAUUGUUACCAUCUCAUCAUCAGCAGGCAGUUUUCCUUGUGCUUAUCUGAUAGACUACUGUACUAGUAAGCAUGGAUCAGUUGGUUUCACUGAAGCUUUACAAAGAGAACUUUAUGUUCUGGGCUAUGAUGGCAUCAACACCACUCUUGUACAGCCAUUUUUCAUUGACACUGGGAUCUCUUGGUAUCCAAAAGCAAGAUUUCCUAAGCUGAAUCCAAUUCUGAAGCCAGAUUAUGCAGCAAAUAAAAUUGUGUCUGCAGUAUUACGUGAUGAAAAACAGGUUUUUCUGCCUCGUAAUUUGGCUAUUUCAUUGGCCUUAAAAGCAAUCCUUCCACUUAAAGCUCUAUACAUUUUGAAUGAUUUUCUUGGUUUGGGUAUUGAUGAGCACUAUCCACGACCAGAUGCUAAGAAGGCAAACUAAACUACAAGAAGAUGUUUGCAAACCUGCAGAAGGGGCCGCGGUUGCCAACGGGGUUGCAUGGCCAUGCAUUCAUUGGACCAUGCAAUGAAUGUGCAAUCUAGAUAAUACAUGUAGGAAGUAAAACUGUUUUUAAUCUUAUGUGGAUGCAAUUAACUUUUGUAAAAGAAAUCAUAUACGCUAUAAAUACAGGCCCACAGCUUGGGGUGUUUUGAGGGUUCAAACGACCCUCCACCUUCGUAGGAGUAUGAAAUAAUGYUUAGAGCUAUUUUAGUUUUUCAAAAAAUGGGCGGCAGAUUGGUAGAAAAACGAACUUCACCUUUUCAAGGUCCUAGCAACAGGACUGGAAUCGAGGCUGUAGCUGUUAGGUAACAAAGUUUUUGUAUAAGAUUGAUUUGUAAAGUUUUCAAUCUCUUGGAUUUUUUUGUGCUGAAAAACAGCGAUCUGGAAAACAAAGUAAAAAAUGCUUGUAUGAGUCAGACUUGAUAUGRUAAGCAUGCAUUAAUGUAAUAUUAAUGAUAAUUUA